AUGAAAAAGCUACUUAAACGAUUAAGCAGUUCAUCCAGAGAGAAUUUACACAAAGACGCAGAAUUCAAAUGCUCCGAAGGUUUUGAAUCUUAUGGAGACAUAGGUUAUGAGGUCAAAGAGAAGGAGCUUUCAAAAUUAUGCAAGGCAAUUUGGAACGGUGACCUACUAGCAGUAGAGCGAUAUGUGAUGAAAGACCAAAUGUUACCUGAUAAAGAAUCAAGAACUCCCCUUCAUUUGGCUUGUGUCAAAGGUGACGAUAAAAUAGUUCAAUGUUUGCUUGAAUAUAACGCGAAAGUCAAUAUUGUUGAUCAAAAUAAUCAGACUCCCUUGAUGAAAGCAAUUGAGGGCGGUCAUUUGGAGUGCGUUAAAUUAUUGCUGAAUUACCGAGCUGAUCUUACCGUUCGUGACAAAUAUGGAAAUGCGCCCAUUCAUCAAGCAGUUAAAUUUGGCCGUAAGGAUAUUAUCGAGUUAUUUCUUCGCAACGGUGUCAGCAUCAACACCCACAACCAGCUCCUCCACAGUCUUCGUGACUCCGUAGGUCGCGUUCCAAGCACCAAAGAUUCCAGGCUGGAAGCAAGGCCAGACUUCAAACGACCCUCCAAUCGCAAAAGACUCUUUGGAAAUGAAAAUACAGUUAGUGACAGCGGAAGUGGUGAUGAAGACACCGGUGAUGAUAUUUUAGAAGGCUUUUUCGAAAGUAGUGACGAAGAGUCCAAGGAUCGCGGAGGAACUCUUUCAUCUGUUGCGAGAGGGACGCAUUCCAGUGAUGAGGCGGUGCUGAAGCGAGCAAAUUGUCUUAUCCUUUAUCCCUUAACAACAACUAUUAAAACUACGAAGUGUUGUGACACAAGUGCAGUUUCUUUGGUGCUGCUUCAGACGGCAUCACUGCAAGACGGCAGCUGGAACAGCAAUUCAUCAGAAGCGAAGAGUGAAGGGGGCAGAAAGAAGGUGAACCUAGCUGCAGCACUCUCUGCCAAACUUGCAAAACAGGCUAGAGAUUGUUUGAUUUCAAAUACUGAAACCCUCCUUCAGCAGAAAACAGAGACUGAGGUGGUUGUUUCACCCUCACCGAAUCGACCCGUCGAAGAUACGGAGAGUUGGGUUGAUGACGUUUCAACGCAUCGGAAAGUUGGGUCACCAACAGAUAAGCCUAGACUUCCACAUGUGAACUCCGCUUCAGAAGUAGUUAAAAAAAUUGAAAACGACGAAAGGAGAGAAAGUGAUAGUCCCUGGGACUCCACAGAAAAUGAAGAGGAUGACAAAAGUCAAGAGGCCUUUUGCAUCUACCCACCAGUACCUCAAGUUGGUAAUGUUAAGCCCCAAAAGAGUAGUCCAUGGGACAGUGAGGCAGAGGACAAUGAGGUCAGAGAAGCGAAUGAGGUCUCUGUCUCAACAUUGACACAGGUCAGUGAGAGCUCAGACAAGGAUCUUUCAAUCAUGGAGGAGUUUUCCAAAGUCCCAGUACCUUUGGGCAUAGACCAUCCGCUGGCUGAAGCGGUAAAUCGUGCUGUCACUUCAAAUACUUAUUUAGUGAAUCGUUUAAUCGCCUGA